AACCUUGAUGCCUUAAGUGGAAGGGAGGGGUUUGAGUUACUCUCGCAAAAGCAACUCUCUGUCCUAGAAUGCACCACAUGUGGCUAGAAUGAGGUUGGAAGCAGUAGAGUGAACAGAUGACUGGACUACCAGAGCCUUGAAUGAACUGAACGCAGGGACAGAGAGCAUCAGUAAAAUGGGCAUUAAUCUUGUUGGGAUUACGCUAAACCUGCUGGUGAUUGUAAGCAGUGGAUGGGCAGCAGGAUAUGAAAAGCAGGGUGUUUCUCUCAAGAGGUUGAGGCGUCAAAGCAACGCAGCUAAACCAGCCCUGAAGAUCACAGACUACCAUGUGCGAUGCACUGUCAUUUCCCGCUAUGCUAUCACCACUGUGGAGAGUACAGUAUGGAACCAGCUCCAUCUCACCAAAGAGGCAGCCUUUGAGGUAGACCUGCCUCCCUCUGCCUUCAUCUCCAACUUCACCAUCACAUCUAACGGUAAGGUGUUCGUGGCUGAAGUGAAAGAGAGAACUGCAGCCAGGAAGAUUUAUGACACGGCCAAGAAACAGGGGAAAACAGCAGGACUUGUUGCUACCAAGGAGCGGGAGAUUGAGAAGUUCCGGGUGGCCAUCAGUGUGCCUCCUGGAACCCAAAUGUCUUUCUCCCUGACUUACGAGGAGCUGCUGACACGGCGACUGGGUCGUUAUGAGCUGGCUUUGGGCCUGAGACCAGGGCAGCCAGUGCAAAAUCUCUCUGUGGAUGUUACGAUAGCAGAGAAGACCGGAAUCAAGUUCAUCAAAGCCCUACCACUUAGGACCAGCCGACUACUCACCGACACUGUCCCAGCUGAGGCCGAAGCUCCCCCCUCCACACAGGUGCAGCAGAACCCAUGCUGCGCUCAUGUUCAUUACAGCCCCACCCUGCAACAGCAGAGGAACAUCUCCCCAAAGGGACUCAAUGCAGACUUUGUCAUUCAGUAUGAUGUGGAGCUGAAAGAUCUCAUGGGAGACAUCCAGGUCCAUGAUGGCUACUUUGUUCAUUACUUUGCUCCACGGGGUCUGCCGGUAGUUCCUAAAGAUGUCAUUUUUGUCAUUGACAUCAGUGGCUCCAUGAUUGGCACUAAGAUCAAACAGACCAAAGCUGCCAUGUCUACCAUCCUGGGUGACCUCCGUGAGGGUGACUACUUCAAUCUCAUCACAUUUUCGGAUAAGGUGCACACCUGGAAGAAAGGUCGCACCGUGCAGGCCACAAAGCAGAACAUACGGGAUGCUCGGGAGUUUGUCAGGAAAAUUGUUGCAGAGGGCUGGACAAACAUCAAUGCAGCUCUCCUCUCCGCAGCCCAGCUGGUCAACCCCACCUCAUCCUCACCUUCAUCACCACGCAAAGUACCGAUGAUUAUCUUCCUUACUGAUGGAGAGGCUACCAUCGGAGUGACUGCGCAAGACAUCAUUCUGCAUAACGCGCAAAGUGCCCUGGGCUCAGUCUCAUUGUUCUGCCUGGCGUUUGGGGAUGAUGCAGAUUUCCCUCUGCUGAAACGUUUGGCCAUGGAGAACCGUGGGAUAGCACGAAUGGUGUAUGAGGAUGCUGACGCUGCACUCCAGUUGAAGGGGUUCUAUGAUGAGGUGGCCAGCCCACUGCUGUCAGACAUCCAGCUGUCCUACCUAGAUGACCAGGCUUAUGAUGUCACCCGUGCUCUCUUCCCCAACUACUUCCAGGGCUCUGAGCUGGUGGUCACAGGAAAGAUUAAGCCAGGAAUAAGGGAUCUGAAAGUCUCGUUGACAGCAAGCAACUCGAAGCAGAAGGUGAAAGUGGCAAAUGAACUUGCCCUGGCCAAGGCUGAGGGUAAUGGGACCGCAGCAUUGCUUGGUUGUACAAGGGACCUGGACGGAAUCUCCAGCUUUGUGCAUCGUCUCUGGGCCUACUUCACAAUCAAGGAGCUCCUGCUGGCUAAAAUCAACAGCACAGAUCCAGUGGCACAGCGCUUGCUAAUAGAGAAAGCCACCAACCUUUCACUCAAAUACAACUUUGUCACACCUGUCACCUCAUUGGUAGUGGUCAAACCAGACAGUGAGGAGCCAAAUCCAACUGCUGCACCUUCUCCCACAACUACAACUAGGCCUGUCACUACCACCACAGCAAGUGUGGGAACCACGGUUACACAGACCACUAGUGCUCCCCUUAAAAUGGUCACUACUGUUGCCACAGGUGGCAAAAAGUCCAACUCCAUCUUAGCUCCCAAAGCAGGCAAGCCUCCUCUCACCAAAUCGCCUCGACCGCAUCCCGCUCCUCCAGGGCUGCACACAACGGGGCGUCCAGGAAACACUCCUCCUUCACCAGACAAAAAUGUGGCACCUCCAUCUCCCAAGAAGACCACAAUGUUACGACCCAGCUCAUCUAAAACCACCACUGCCUCUCUUUCCAGCAAGGGCUCCACCACUCCAGCCAGCACCAUGAGAACUGUAGCAGCUCCAGGCCCUGGGAAGAACACCCUUCUGCCACUCGACUCCACCAGUACAGCUACUCCACUCACCAAGAAUUCCACUACACUGCACAGCACUGUUAAAGUCACAACUUCUGCUGUGCCUGUCAAAACCACAACAACAACCAGCUCAGCGAGACCUCCAGUCCUGUCUGUGGGGAAACCUACAUCCUCACCUGACAGUGAGAAUUCCACCACAGCUGAAGUUCCUACUUUAUUGCCAGAUCUUCAGGCAGUCCCAGUAUCCAAUGCCCCAGCUGCAGACACUGACACAGAAAUAAAUGUGGAUCUGGACAUUGCCACUCUUGUGGCUGCCACCUUUGCCCCUAUGCCAGGCCUCACAGAUGCACCCAAGCUGUGGGAAGCUUCUGGUAUUUUAGAUGUUUCUACAGCCAUCCAGUUUCAGACAAAAGAUAAUGAAGCUGUCAAAGAGUAUGACGUCACAUAUGACUACGACUAUGACUACACCAUCCAUUACGACUCUUAUCCUGAUGCAGAAGCAGCUGCUGCCCCGGACAACCCCCCCUCAAUAAGUUCUUUUCGAAUCUUCUCCUCCUCAGUGGAUGGAGACCCCCAUUUUGUUGUUACGCUCCCUAAAUUGCACCAGAAUCUGUGUUUCACUGUUGAUGGCGAGGCCAAUGAUGUGUUACGUCUCCUUGAAGAUCCAGGCAAAGGCAUUAUAGUGGAUGGCCAUUUGAUGCUGGCUCCUGCUAAGCUUGGAUUGGAGGACCGGACUCGUACCUUCUUUGACAAGAUAACCAUCAGAGCCACUAAGGGCGGCAUAAAAAUCACACUGACAAUAGACUCCGUGGUAGUGAAGGGGGAGGGCCUUCAAAGUCUGCCCACAAAUCAGCAGGGCUCUGUAACUGGCCCUGGCUGGAAGAUUGUGCUUGACGGACACCAAAGCUGCUGGCUUGAAUUUGGGAAGCGUGUGCUCUUCCUGGUCCUCUUCCAUCGAUAUAGUCACCCCAGCUACUUUCAGAUUGAGCAUCUGGGGUUCUACAUCGCUGAGAGCAAUGGACUGUCCAGUCUCACGCAAGGGCUACUGGGACAGUUCCAACACAGCCACAUGGAGGUGGUGAGGAUAACGGACAGCCAUGGUACUGGGUUCCACCACGCUCAGACAAGCAAGAACAGCUCUCUGGCCAUGGGCCUGCUGAAAAAAGGGGACGAGCACAUUCCAGUCACCUUACAGGAUAAGACCCUGAAGGACACACCAAGCAAGCACCACUUGGCCCAGUGUUGGGUGGUGCCCAAGGUGGAAGUAGAACGACUUCUGGGUCAUUCAUACCAAAGCUACGUGGUAGAUCACUUAUAAAUGCCUUGCUGGUGUCUCUCACUGACUUUGCAUCCAAGGAAUCACAGCAGGGCCAAGAAGG